CUGUGCUGCACGCCCGCUGCUACUCCCAUGGGUCACAAGAAUCAGAUGAAGAGUUUGAUGCUCGCUGGGUGACGUAUUUCAACAAGCCAGAUAUUGAUGCCUGGGAGCUCAGGAAAGGCAUAAACACGCUUGUGGGGUAUGACCUGGUUCCGGAACCAAAGAUCAUCGACGCAGCUCUGAGGGCAUGCAGACGGUUAAACGACUUUGCCACCGCUGUCCGCAUCUUAGAAGUUGUAAAGGACAAGGCAGGACCUCACAAGGAAAUCUAUCCUUACGUUAUCCAGGAGCUUAGACCAACUUUGAGUGAACUGGGAAUCUCCACUCCAGAGGAAUUGGGUCUGGACAAGGCAUAAACAUUAUUGGU